UUUUUGGCUUGUAUCUUCUCAUUGAGGUUUAAGACUGCAAUUGAUCAGUCUGUUAUUGGCAUAUGUGCAUACUGUGCGUAUUCCUCGAUAUUACCUUCAUUCACAUCCAGCUGACCAGUACCAAAUAGGACGAAACGCGCGUCCUGGAUUCCAAUGCUAGCCACCAUCCAUCAUUGCUUAUAUCUGAUUGGUUCAUUUAUAAAAAUAUAAUCUCGAUUUGAUUGGUUCAUAUUUAUUACUCAUCUUAAUGUUCAUUGGUUCAUUGAAAACAAUACAAUCUAAUAAAAAGAGUCAUGUUACCAUGUCAACAUUUAUUUAUUAUUAUUAUUAUUAGUAAUCUAAUGAGUAACAUUAUGUUAAUAAGAUUAUUAAUUACAAUUAUUAUUAUUUCAUUUAUCUUAUUAUGUGCUAUUCAUCCAUCUAUAUGGUUUAUCAUUAAUCAUCAAUUAUGUUUAAAAGAGAAUAGUCCAUUAUAUAAUCAUUGGUUUAAUUCAUCUAUACCAAUUUAUAUACAAUUUUAUUUUUUUAAUUUAACAAAUCCAUAUGAAUUUCAAAAUGGUGCCAAACCUAAAUUAAAACAAUUAGGACCAUAUACAUAUAAUAUUAAAUAUUAUAAAUUCAAUAUACAACAUAAUUAUAAUAAUAAUGCAAUAAAAUAUCAACAAUAUAAACGAUAUUAUUUCAAUUCGAAAUUAUCAAUUGGACAUGAAACCGAUCAUAUAACCCAUAUCAAUUUAGGAUUUGUUGCCAUAGCAACUAAAUUGAAUUCGUUACCACGGUUAAUUAAUUAUUUGAUUGAAUUAUAUGAAAAAUAUCAUCAUUAUAAAUUAAUACAAAUUAAAACAAUUCAACAAUUAUUAUGGGGUUAUAAUGAUGAAUUCUUCUUAUUAUUAUCUAAUUAUGGAUUUAAUAUAACAAUGACAAAGAUUGGUUUAUUAUUAAAUUAUAAUGAUACAUUCAAUGAUGAUAUCAUCAUUCAUGAUGGUUUAAAAGAUCCUAAAAAUUUGGGCAAAAUCAUACAAUAUAAUAAUAAGACUAAAUUGAAUGAAUGGACAACAAUCACAGCGAAUAUGAUCAAUGGUACUGAUGGUACAAUCUAUCAUACUUAUAUAAAUAAACAAGAGAAACCCUAUAUAUUUCUGAAUGAUUUAUGUCGUUCCAUUCAAUUAACAAGAGAUUCAAUCAAACAAAUGAAUCAUUUAAAUGUAUUUAAAUAUUUAUUAUCUGAGGAUACAUUUAAAUCUGGUGAAUUCUAUGAGAAGAAUAAAGGAUUUUGUUUAAAUUGGUCAAAUUGUUUUAAAGAUGGUGUAUUGGAUAUGUCAUCAUGUCAACCGAAUGCACCAAUUGUGAUAUCACAACCACAUUUUUUAAAUGCUGAUAAAUCUUAUCAAAAUGCUAUUGAUGGUAUACAAUCUAAUAAUGAUGAAUAUAAUACAACCAUUUAUAUUGAGCCAACUACUGGUCUUAUUAUAAAAGCUCAAAUUAAAUUACAAAUUAAUAUUGUGAUUAGAAAUAAUAAAAAAAUCAGACAAUUAUCUAAUAUUUCAAAUGUUUUAUUACCUUUAGUAUAUUUCAAUGAAUCUGUCCAUUUAAAUGAAACAAUCACUCAUCAAAUAAAUAUGUUACUUAUUCAAUUGCCAAUGAUUAUUCAAAUUGUUUUAAUCAGUAGUAUUGUAUUCAAUGUUCUAUGGUUAUGUUCAAUUAUAUUUAAAUUAUUUAAACAAAACAGAUAUAAUUUAAAUGAUCAAAGAAUCAAUGAAGAAAAUCAGUGGUUAUUAAGUCAUCAUUGAGAAGGUGUCAAGGAAAAGUUUAUAUAUAUAUAUAUAUUUCAUGUAAAUACUGUAAACCAUAUGAUAAAUCAGAAUUCAUCAAUUGUUCUAUUCUAUUGUUUUCUUCAUGUUUCUAAUAUUUCUAAUCUCAUAAAUAAUAAUCAAUAAAUCAUUUGUUUUCAA